AUGGGGAUCUGGCUCAACAACACCCGUGGAGGCACCGACGCCGACGCUUGCAACUCGGACGACUACGCACGGAACGGCGCCCAAGCAAUCGCACGUGCCACUGCCUGCGAAAUUCCUGGCUGCCAUAAGCUCAUCUCAGCCUGGGUCGCCCACGUCGGCAACGUCGGCAACGUCUGCUCAGUCGAUAGCGGCCAUUCCCCCAACGCAGACGACCGCGCCCUCUCAAUCACCUGCUGCUGGUGGGAAUAG